AUGGCCGGCGGUGGCGGUGGCGAUGGCUGCGGCGACAGAUGGGUUGAUCUUUCUUUGGAUCUCUUUUCCCUUAUCUUCUCCAAACUCUCCCUUCCUCAGCUGCUUCGCUCCGCCGCCGUCUGCGUCUCGUGGUCAGCCGCCGCCCACGAGGUGCGCACGCGCAGCAGACGCUUCGAGUUCCGGGGGCAGGGCCCCUGGCUCAUGUUCGGGGGCGGCCCUGACAGGGACUCCUCCGCCGCCACCUUCUACACCCUCGACGAGGGAAGGGAGUACACCAUCCCCCUCCCGGACGCUCCCAUAAGCCGCCGGUUCCUUCUCGGCUCCGCUCACGGCUGGGUCAUCACAUACGACACCAGCUUGGGGCUGUUUCAACUACUAAACCCGAUCACCGGCUCGCAAAUUGACCUCCCCUCCGUCGUCUCCAAUCACCUCGACAUCAUCCACGACAACGAUGAGCGCUCCAAUAUCCGAACACGUCGACAAUUUCCAUUGACUGAAUCGCUGAUAGAAACUCCUCCCUUCAAAGCAAUCCUAUCGGCUGAUCCCUCGCUCGAAGAUGACUACACUGUCGUGUUCAUCCACUAUUUUAUUCCCAGCAUCUGUUUCACCCGCUCCGGCUACGACAGUUGGUUCCAGUUAAAUGAUGUGAAUCAAUUUCAGGACAUUCUCUUCCACAAAGGCAAACUGUACGCGACCACGAUCUCAGGAUCCGUGCAAGUUUGCGUCAUCGACGACGCCCGACUUCGACGUGGCGAACUGCCCACAUUUACACCGGUCACUCCGCCCGAUCCUGAUCACUGCCACUUUGACUACCUGGCCGAGACUCCCCGAGGAGAUCUCUUGAACAUUCAGAGGAAGCUGGGCAGGCAUGACCCCACUGUCUUUGUCGAGGUUUACAGGUUACAACUGGAGGAGGAGAUUCUAAGUAGAAGAACAGAACAAGUGAAGGACUUGGGAGAGUUGAUCAUCUUCUUGGGCGACAACCACCCGCUUUGCCUCUCUGCAUCCGAUUUCCCACACUUGAGGCCUAAUUCCAUAUAUUUUACCGACGAACUGACACUCUUUAACCGUCAUCGAAGGAGCAUGAGAAUCGAAGAACAAAGUAUUUCGGGAGAAAGUCAGAGUUGCCUUCCUUUCCCCGUUGACGUAGGCAUCUACAGUAUGACCGAUCACACAUUCACAAGUAUCUUACCAGGCGAUCCUCGACUGAAGUGGCCGCCUCCUGUUUGGUUCAAGCUAGAUUAA